AUGAAUUUUAUCAACAAUAAAGAGAUGAGUGCCGGCAGCAGAGGAGUGGGCGGGCAAAGAAGUUCGGCCGGAAGUUUCGCCGUUGGAGGCAGAAGAGUUCAUUUCAGCAACAGUGACGGCGGAGGAGACGGCGUCAGCCUGUAUGGGACGCCAAAGGAGGAGUCCCGGAAUCAUAGCAUAAUCGAACGUUUGCUGACUGAAGGAAUCUAUUCAGCUGCAUAUCCACUGCAUGAUGGUAGUGAUCAUGUGGAGGGUAAUUUGCGCAGUCUGCUGAGAACCGAGUGGACGGCCUUAAACAAAUUACAUCGCUAUCAGCCAUUGGACUAUGUUAAGGAUUACUUUGGCGUCAAGAUUGCAUUGUAUUUUGCAUGGCUUGGUUUCUACACGCACACUCUACUCUUUGCUUCCGUCGUUGGAUUACUUUGCUUCCUAUUUAGCUUCCUGUCUUUGCAAAACAACAUCCCCAGUAACGAAAUUUGCUCUGGCCGAUUCAAUGUCGUCAUGUGCCCCAUCUGUGACUAUUCGGGCGAUAACUUUUGUGAUUUUUGGUACCUUUUUGAAACGUGCUUACACUCAAGAGCCGCUUACCUUUUCGACAACGGAACUACAGUCUUUUUCGCCGUCUUCAUGUCCUUUUGGGCCGUUUUGUUUCUGGAAAUGUGGAAACGUUAUUCUGCCGAGAUCACUCAUCGUUGGGAUUUGACCGGUUUUGAUCACCAAGAAGAACAUUCGCGGCCACAAUAUCUUGCACGUUUGGCUCACGUCACAGCCAAAAGAGUGAAUGUGGUAACGCAAACACUGGAACCACGAGUACCGUUCUGGCGAAUCAAAGUUCCAGCCGCGCUCUUGUCCAUAUCUUUGAUCCUUCUUCUUGUCUCAAUGGCAAUGGCAACUGUUAUUGGAGUCAUUCUCUACCGCAUGUCACUGUUGGCGUCGCUUUCUAUUCACAACGAUCAGAACAUUACAGCCAAUGCUAUGCUGAUAACAACUGCCACAGCCGCCUUCAUUAAUCUCUGUUGCAUCCUGCUUUUCAACAGAUUCUAUGAAAAAAUCGCUCUGUGGCUUACGGAACAAGAGCUUCCUAGAACUCAAAGUGAAUUUGAAGACAGCCUGACGUUGAAGAUGUAUCUAUUACAGUUUGUUAACCACUACGCUUCUAUCUUCUACAUCGCCUUUUUCAAAGGCAAAUUCAUCGGUUAUCCAGGAAAGUACAACCGUUUCUUCGGAUUUCGUCAAGAGGAGUGCGGCACUGGCGGCUGUCUUUUGGAAUUGUGCAUCCAACUUGCCAUCAUUAUGGUUGGAAAACAGGCCAUGAACACCUGCAUGGAAAUGGUUCUACCGAUGGUUUUUAAAUGGAUUAACAAGAUACGAGUUCAAACUGGAAUGGGCAAACAGCCAAAAGAAAGUCAAGCUUACAGAGCUCAGUGGGCCAAAGAUUAUCAAUUAGUGGCUUGGGGUAGUGAAGCUCUUUUCGCCGAGUAUCUUGAAAUGGUUUUGCAAUAUGGGUUUGUAACCAUCUUUGUUGCUGCUUUCCCUCUUGCGCCGCUCUUCGCGCUACUCAACAACGUUCUUGAGAUGCGAUUGGAUGCUCGUAAGAUAUUGACUUUGCAUAGAAGACCAGUGGCUCAACGCGUGAAAGAUAUUGGGGUCUGGUACACCAUUCUCGACUGUCUUGGCAAACUGUAUGUGGCCACAAACGGGCUGAUCAUUGCGUUCACAUCCGAUUUUAUCCCUCGGCUGAUUUACACACUGAAAUAUAGCCCAGAUCAUUCGCUUGAAGGACACGUCAACUACACUUUGUCUUAUUUCAAAACUUCCCACUUUAAUCAUACGCAACAAUUAUUUAACGGGACUGAGGUUGUGGAGGUUUGCAGAUACCGUGAUUUAAGGGAACCCCCUUGGAUCCGAAACAAUGAAUCUAACCCCAACCAGUAUGAGCUCACUGCCGACUUUUGGUACAUCCUAGCGGCACGUUUAACUUGUUGGAUGAUGUAA